ACCAACGAGUCACAUGAAUCCACUCAUUGAGUCAUUAAAAGUUUGUGAGAAAUGUCUCCAUCUAGUGGUGAUAACCAGGAACUGCGUGAGUUGUGACAGCUGAUUCAUACAGAUACAGAAGAUCCAUUAGAUAUAUAAAAUGUGUUGUUACAUUGGAGAUACUGGUUACUUAUCUCCGAAUUGGUUGUAAUUUGCAGGAAUGGGUAAUACCUACCAAAAUAAUGUCAUCAUACUCCAAUGCUAAUCAUUUUGUAUGUAACCACUGCUGCUUGAAAGACAUGCUGUUUAAUCGCUGCACACUGUAGAUAAUUCUGACUGAAAUUCACCCUCAUAUCAGCACCCUUCAUAUGUCUCACAAUUUGACAGGAGACUGAGAGCUUGACAUCCUCUCUUGUAUUUACUGCUAAACUGUACACACUGUGAUUUACACAUUUGCUAUGCUUUGUCAAAAUCCAUUCCUCACUUACUUACUUAGCCUCUAAAACAUUGCCUAGUGUGUCAUGAAUCUUAUUAUUUUGACAACCAUUAGUGACUCACACAGUGACAGCUGUUGAAAUUGUAGGUCAAAAUCUCUUAUGUCCUUUAUUUGAAUGUGCCUCUUCAUUCCAGUCAUCUUCUAUAAUGUUUGGAGUAUUGAAAGAGAGAGCAAAGCCAUGGCUUUCAUGGGCAUCAUGUAUGGAUCAUCAGUACACAUGGGCAUACGGUCUUUCUUUGCAGGUAUGAACAAAAUGAAAUUAUAGUAUGUUUCUGUCUAGUUACAUGCUCACACAUAGAUAACAGAACUGUUCAGAGAGAAUAUUUCUGAUGCUGUAAGAAUGUAAUAAUUGGAAGUUGAUGUUUUUGUUUUAUUGUAAUAAGCCAAAUCGAUAAAGUAACAUGAUUCAUAUGCAUUUUCUAUUUCAGGGGGAGCUUUCGUGGAAAUAAUGGACGUUUCAUACUUGUUCACUCUGUCUUUCCUGUCUCGCACAUUCAAUGAGACUGCAUUCAUGAGCAUGUUUGCUGGGAUGUUUGUAGUUCCUGUAUCCAACUGGAUUUUAAAUGCCAUUGUUCAAAAGAAAUAUCCUUUUCUGCUGAAAUCAAAAUUGUAUUGGCUGUUUCUGUUGGGCUGGUAUGCACUCAGGCGUCUCAUCAUAAGUGUUGUAGUUUUCUACUUCUUUGAUCAAAUUCUGGAAAGUAAUGAAGAGCGGGCUGGAUUGCUGUCUGUGACUGCGCUGCUCCAACUCCUGGCUCUGGCUGGAAUAUUUGACCAUGUGUAUAAGCCCUCUUUAGCUGAAACACCUAAGACUAUUCUCUACAUGUAUGGAGCUUUUGGUGUAGUCGCAGCUAAUGCUAUUACCCUGGCAACAGAACUAAUGCUGAAAUUACGAAAAGGACAACGGACUUUGACAGAUCUCCGUGUCAUAGUUCUGCCAUUUGAAUGUGUUUUCGUUUUAAGCUGGAUAGCUCUAUGGACCCAUGCUUACUGUGAGUAUAAUUCAAAAAUUCACCUGUCAUAACUAUGAUAUAAAGGGUUUUGUGGAUGACAUAUUAAAUAACUGUUUAUAUUAUAAAAUAUAGGGACAGAAAGUCAGAACAGGUAUGUACCUUUUUCUGAUUUAUCUUGGUUGAUGCUAAUGCUUCUGUCAUUGAACUGGGAAUUCAUUUGUGUUGAAAAUUACAAGAUAAAUGAAUGGUUGUCUCUCAGGCAUGUGUCAUUACCCUCAUUUUUAUUACUGUUAUGAUUAAUUUCCCUAGAAUUAAGCAAGAAGUGGCGAUAUUACGGAGAUAUGGUCGUAGACGUUGGCUAAAGUUUUUGAGGGAUGGUGCUGAACCAUCUGAGGCUCUUGAGAUGUCAAGUCAGUCU